UGAUAUUUGCGUGAUAUUUGCCCAUAACUCGUGAUUUGUUUUGAACGUCUCAACCACUGAAAGCCCACUGAAAGCCUUUUUUGUGCAUCGCAGUAUCUAAUUAUAGCUCUGGGUUACAUUUUUGUAUCUGGUGACUAAUUCAUAUUCUGCAUCGGGCCCAUAUAUCACAGAAGAUCUCUCAGCUCUAACCCAAAUCACGGGUCAGUCAUUCUAGCAACAGUCCAAUCGGCUGAAGUGAGAAGGAGUGAGAAGAUUUGUGAACACCUUAAUACCAGUUACCUCAGACUGCUGAGUUACCGCCAUGUCUUUCGAAGGUGGAUUCAUCAAUCUCGCUGAUAUCUCGGAUACGUCUACAGAAAUUGGAAACCAACAGUCAUCGGAGGCAACGUCUUGUUCAAGUUUAGAGUUUUCGCAAUUUGAAGAACUGAUGGAUAAAGUCAGGAAAUUUGUUCGGGAAAAGGGAGUUAUGGCAGAAGACCAUUUCCAUGAAUAUGAUCCGCUGAGGACGGGAAAUGUCAGUCCCAGUGAUUUCAAAAAAGUUUUCACGGAUGCAUUUCAGGAUCUUCUAACUGAUGAACAAGUGGAAGAAAUUCUUAGUUUUUACCGCGAUCAUGACAAUCCUGAAGUCUGCAAUUGGUCAAAGUUCCUCCAUGAUGCUGAAACUGAUCCACAUAAGGAAGCAUCACUGAAGGACAGCUCUCCUUCUCAAUUACCGAACAGCAGUGGGAUGGAUGACACACAAUUACAAGGAAGAAAAGUUUUUCAGCCUCUUAGCACCCCAGGCAAAGGCAAAGAGGAUUUAAAGGAGGUGGAAUACGGCCAUGAAGAAACAGAGCAACCUUCAAAAAGGGGCGAAAGUUCAAAACAGUCACCUGGAUUUUUCAUUGAAGUUCCCGACGGUCAAGAGGAUCAAGUGGUGACCUUCAACAAGACCACCUCUCUCGUCCGCCAACGUUGGAAGCGAUUUUCCAUUUCAUACGAAGCUAUAGUCUGGGCCGUGUUUCUGCUGGUGACAACGUUGUGUAUCGUGGAUCACUUUAUAUUCAAUGGUGAUGUGGUGCUCGGAAGAAGUGGUAAACUCCCAAAACGCAUCUGGGGAACCAACAUAGGAGAAACUUUAACCAAUGUGGUGUGGGCUGUCACUGCUCGACUGAUUAUAACCUCUCAGAACUUGAUGUUCUAUACGAUGAUGUGGUGUUUGCCAAAUUUCAUCAGUGAGGUCACUCCAAACUGGAUCACUGUGGAUGGAAUCCGCGAGGUUCAUUCAAGAAUGCAUACUUUUGCUGGGAUAUUCCUGAUUGCCGUUCCGUCCCUUGCCCAUGUUCUCGUAAUAUUUGUACCACCCCUAAUUGACGGAACCGAGCUGAAAUAUUAUCCACCAAGCACCUUUAACUAUAGCACGUCUCCGGAUCACUUAAACUGGACGAAGCCCUGGGACCCAGCAGCUGUGGAAGGCUGGACUUUUAACGACCACAAAGGAGUUCAUCUAACUUCAGACGAGAUCUACCGUUUUGUGCUGAUGAUCGUUCUUUUCUGCUUCUUCUUUCCCCUCAGCAGAUCCAACUACGCCAAUCAAAGAAGCUACUCUUUGGCAAUGGCCCUGCAUAUCUUUGCCGGUAUCUGGUACGCUAUCGACAACAUUCGGAAGAUCACUCACGGACUGGCCCAUGUUACCAACCUUCCAAUACUCAUUAUCUGGUGCGUCGACAGGUUGGUCUCCAUUUACUUUUAUCGACGCCACGACGGUCACAUUGUUGAAAAAGAAGUCAUUGGUAAAGAUUACGUCAUUCUGUAUGUCAAACUCGACAAAGACGUGAAACAUACUGUCGGCGACGUUUACUAUCUUCUGCACCAACCGAAAGGAAGCACUGGAAUAGCGCCACAACGGUCUCAUCCCUUCACCACCUUUGCUAACAUGACAAAAAAUUCAACCUGGGACAUUGGUUUCGUGAUAUCGAUUAUGGAGGACGAUGACCAGCUCUGCCUCCCUUGGACUCAUUGGCUCGCCUAUAGUACUGGAGACGUCACUUUCCGUACUUGGGGACCUUAUCGCUCAUCUGUCUCAAAGUUGUACCACCAGCUGGUGUCAAACGUGCCCUCGCCUUCUCACUACGUUCUGUUCGCAACCGGGUCUGGCUGUGGCUACGUAUUAGAUGUUCUGAGCUGUCUAGCCCACAAAACAGAAGCGCGUCUCAGAGGAAACGAAAUAGGAGAAGAGAAGAGGAUCGAUAUCUUCUACUCAGUCCGCUGUAAAGCGUUGUACCAUUUCCUUCGGAAACCUAUAGACGAACUCCUGGAAAAGAUCAGAGAGAAGAAUGUUGCUUCCAUAAACUUCCGCUUUUAUGUCACCAGUCCAGAGGAAGAAACGAGCGAAGAAAAUGCAGCCGAAAGCCAGUUUCAGCUCAUUAAAGGUAGGAUAGAUUUUGAAAAAGCCCUCAAGUCUACAACUAAGAAAUCUUGCUGCUACUUUGUGGGUAGGCCAGAAAUCGCCGAAACUGUGGAGAAAAUUUGCAAGAAGAAAGGUGUAACGCUGGUGAAGGAUUUCACGAACGGCAGAGGACAUAAAAAAGAUCGACAUUUAUUGUUAAAGUACCUCAAGAUUAGUUUCUGGGCCAUUUUCUUCACAAUCGCCUUUUGUGUUGCCGCAAAUAUUGUUAUAGAUGUUAGAAGUAUCAAACAUUCUCUUAAGACGUAAAUACAACGAGGUAAUUCAAAACAAAACCUUGUUUAAAUAAUGAUUGUAGAUAUAUGAAAAUCAUAUAUGUGCAGUGCGGUGAAGAAACGAAUAUAAGAGAUCCUCGCAGCUAUAAGCACUACUGAACUAGUAGUUGAAAUAAGAUGUGAAAAAAAUUAUAGGCUCGUACGGGAUUUUAACCCAUGACCUCUGCGGUAGAGCGCUGCAUCGGUAUCGCAGAGGUCAUGGGUUCAAAUCCCGCACGGGCCUGAAUUUUUUUCAGUUCUUAUUUCAACUACUAGUUCAGUAGUGUUUACAGCUGCGAAAAACCUUGUUUGUCGGAUAGACGACAGUAAUUCAGUUAUUCGAAAUAAUCUUAAGUUGGGAUAGGCAACAGAAAUAAGCUGUGCGCUCGUAAAGACUAAUCGGUUAGCUCAGUGGUGUCUAUAGCCGCGAAAAACCUUGUUUAAUGUUUAGACGACAGUUAAUAUAGUUACUCGAAAUAAUCUUAAGUAAGGAGAGGCAACAGAAAUAAGCUGUGCGCUCGUAAAGACUAAUCGGCUGUGCACGCACAGAAAAAAAAUUUAGUAAACAACAUUUAUGGCCAAUAGCAAUAUUGGGUUCCGAUAAUUCAAUGCUAUGGAUAGUAGACAGUUGUGGAACGGUAAACAAAAUCUCUCAUUAGACCGUUCUGAACCUCGAUUGCUUAAUCGCAUUGAAUUUAUCAAUUCAUUUUUCUAUUGUAUUAUGCUGUGCUAAUUUUAGAAUCAAUUUAGACUUUUUUCGAAGGCUAGAGUUUUUAGUUUAUUCAUUCAAGGACCCAUGAAUUUACUUUUUUCUUAAUUAUUCGUGUGCAGAUUGAAAAAGUUAAUGCUUUGUUUAGCUCAAAGAAAGAAAAUUUAAGUGAAUCAUGGAUUAGGAUAUCACUGUUAGACUUUUUUUUAGUUUACAGGACAUCAGGGGAUCCCCGAUCCUUGCGCAUGCGUUGAAUAAAGCAAGGAGUUUAUGAGCCUGAUUUUCAUUUAUUUUAGGUUUUCAUUUUACGUCUAGUUUGCUUCAUGCUUGUUUUAAAGAAUUAAUUUUACCCUCUUGUUUCUGAUAUAAGUGCAGAAACACUUUAAAUUCAUAGCCUACUGCGAGAGAAAAUAGUUCUCUUGCUUAUUUACUGACAUUAGCUUGUAAUACGAAGCUACUGAGCGGAAAAUAAAGAUGUGUUCUGUCUUAAA